UCCCUCCGCAACAACUUGCUGCGCUGGCUGUGCCCCUCGCAGCCCGACAAAGACCACGCCCAGGGUGUUUUUGUUUUUGUUUUUUUCCCCAGGAAUUGAGAUCAAUCUUCUUAUCACACAUCUCCAGAGAGAGGCCACUGGGUGCCCUGGAGGAGAAACGGACUUUUUUGAGGGGAAACGCGGAUGCAGACUGUCGGAGAGACGUCGUGCUAAAGUCACCGACUUUCGCGCGCUUUGGCGCAGGGGGUUGUGGGUUAGCGCGCCCAGAAAACGAGAAAGGAGCCGGGGGGCCGUGGCUGCGCCGCCCGCAGGGCCUGAGGGGAUGUUCGAGGACGAGCCCCACGCUGAGGGGGCGGCGGUGCUGGCCGCCGCCGGGGAGGCGCUGCAGGCUCUGUGCCAGGAGCUGAACCUGGACGAGGGGAGCGCGGCCGAAGCCCUGGACGACUUCACCGCCAUCCGGGGCAACUACAGCCUAGAGGGAGAAGUUAUACACUGGUUGGCAUGUUCGUUAUAUGUUGCAUGCCGCAAAAGCAUUAUUCCUACUGUUGGGAAGGGUAUCAUGGAAGGAAAUUGUGUUUCACUUACCAGAAUACUACGUUCAGCUAAAUUAAGCUUAAUACAGUUUUUUAAUAAAAUGAAGAAGUGGAUGGACAUGUCAAACCUGCCACAAGAAUUUCGUGAACGUAUAGAAAGGCUAGAAAGAAAUUUUGAGGUGUCUACUGUAAUUUUCAAAAAAUUUGAGCCAAUUUUUUUAGAUAUAUUUCAAAAUCCAUAUGAAGAGCUACCGAGGUUACCACGAAGCAGGAAGCAGAGGAGGAUUCCUUGCAGUGUUAAGGAUCUCUUUAAUUUCUGUUGGACCCUCUUUGUUUAUACUAAGGGUAAUUUUCGUAUGAUUGGAGAUGAUUUAGUAAACUCUUACCAUUUACUUCUGUGCUGCUUGGAUCUGAUUUUUGCCAAUGCCAUUAUAUGCCCAAAUAGACGAGAUUUGUUAAACCCAUCAUUUAAAGGUUUACCAUCUGAUUUCCAUACUGCUGACUUUAGGGCUUCUGAAGAACCUCCCUGCAUCAUUGCUGUACUGUGUGAACUGCAUGAUGGACUUCUAGUAGAAGCAAAAGGAAUAAAGGAGCACUACUUUAAGCCGUAUAUUUCAAAACUCUUUGACAGAAAGAUUUUAAAAGGAGAAUGCCUCCUGGACCUUUCCAGUUUUACUGAUAAUAGCAAAGCAGUGAACAAGGAGUAUGAAGAAUAUGUUUUAACUGUUGGUGAUUUUGAUGAGAGGAUCUUUUUGGGAGCAGAUGCAGAAGAGGAAAUUGGAACUCCUCGAAAGUUCACUGGUGAUGCCCCAUUAGGGAAACUGACAGCACAGGCUAAUGUGGACUGUAAUCUUCAACAACACUUUGAAAAAAAAACAUCAUUUGCACCUUCUACCCCACUGACAGGACGGCGAUAUUUACAAGAAAAAGAAGCAGUCAUUACUCCUGUUGCUUCAGCCACUCAAAGUGUGAGCCGGUUACAGAGUAUUGUGGCUGGACUGAAAAAUGCACCAAGUGAACAACUUAUGAAUAUUUUUGAAUCUUGUAUACGUAAUCCUAUGGAAAACAUUAUGAAAAUAGUGAAAGGAAUAGGAGAGACUUUCUGCCAACACUAUACUCAAUCAACAGAUGAACAGCCGGGAUCGCACAUAGACUUUGCUGUAAACAGACUAAAACUUGCGGAAAUUUUGUAUUAUAAAAUAUUAGAGACUGUAAUGGUUCAGGAAACACGAAGACUUCAUGGAAUGGACAUGUCAGUUCUUUUAGAGCAGGAUAUAUUUCAUCGUUCCUUGAUGGCCUGUUGUUUGGAAAUUGUGCUCUUUGCCUAUAGCUCACCUCGUACUUUCCCCUGGAUUAUUGAAGUUCUCAAUUUACAACCAUUUUAUUUUUAUAAGGUUAUUGAGGUGGUUAUCCGCUCAGAGGAGGGACUUUCCAGGGACAUGGUGAAACACCUGAACAGCAUCGAAGAACAGAUUUUAGAGAGUUUAGCGUGGAGUCACGAUUCUGCACUGUGGGAGGCUCUCCAGGCUUCAGGAAACAAAGUUCCUACCUGUGAAGAGGUUAUAUUCCCAAAUAACUUUGAAACAGGAAAUGGGGGAAAUGUACAGGGACACCUUCCUAUGAUGCCGAUGUCUCCUCUAAUGCAUCCAAGGGUCAAAGAAGUUCGGACUGACAGUGGGAGUCUUCGAAGGGAUAUGCAACCGUUGUCUCCAAUUUCUGUCCAUGAACGCUACAGUUCUCCUACUGCAGGGAGUGCUAAGAGAAGACUUUUUGGGGAAGAUCCCCCAAAAGAAAUACUUAUGGACAGGAUCAUAACAGAAGGAACAAAAUUGAAAAUUGCUCCUUCUUCAAGCAUUACUGCUGAAAAUCUAUCAAUUUCACCUGGGCAAAGUCUUCUAACUAUGGCCACAGCCAUAGUCACAGGGACAACAGGACAUAAAGUUACAAUCCCAUUGCACGGUAUUGCAAAUGAUGCUGGAGAGAUCACACUGAUACCAAUUUCCAUGAACACAACUCAGGAGUCCAAAGUCGAGAGUCCUGUGUCACUUACUGCUCAGUCAUUAAUUGGUGCUUCUCCAAAACAGAACCAUCUGACUAAAGCACAAGAGGCACAUACAGCUGGAAUAAGCAAACCAAAGAGAACUGGGUCUUUAGCACUGUUUUAUAGAAAGGUCUAUCAUUUAGCAAGUGUACGAUUACGAGAUUUAUGUUUAAAACUGGAUGUUUCAAAUGAGUUACGAAGGAAGAUAUGGACAUGUUUUGAAUUCACUUUAGUUCAUUGCCCUGAUCUAAUGAAAGACCGACAUUUGGAUCAGCUGCUUCUUUGUGCCUUUUACAUCAUGGCAAAGGUAACAAAAGAAGAAAGAACGUUUCAAGAAAUAAUGAAAAGUUAUAGGAAUCAGCCCCAGGCAAACAGUCAUGUCUAUAGAAGUGUACUGUUGAAAAGUAUUCCAAAAGAAGUUGUGGCAUACAAUAAAAACAUAAAUGGUGAUUUUGAAAUGACAGAUUAUGAAUUGGAAGAUGCUACAAAAACACCUGACUGUUCUAGUGGACCAGUGAAAGAGGAAAGAGGUGAUCUUAUCAAAUUUUAUAAUACAAUAUAUGUAGGAAGAGUGAAGUCAUUUGCACUGAGAUAUGACUUGUCAAAUCAGGACCAUGUGAUGGAAGCUCCACCACUCUCUCCUUUUCCACAUAUUAAGCAACAACCAGGCUCACCACGCCGCAUUUCCCAGCAGCACUCCAUUUAUGUUUCCCCACACAAGAAUGCAUCAGGCCUUACACCAAGGAGUGCUCUGCUAUAUAAGUUCAAUGGCAGCCCUUCUAAGAGUUUGAAAGAUAUCAACAAUAUGAUAAGACAGGGUGAACAGAGAACCAAGAAGCGAGCAAUAGCCAUCGAUGGUGAUGCAGAAUCACCUGCCAAACGCCUCUGUCAAGAAAAUGAUGAUGUUUUGCUUAAACGACUACAGGAUGUUGUCACUGAGAGAGCAAAUCAUUAACGCCCUUCCUGUUUCUACGCUAAAAGCACUUUCAGGUAGCAGAAUGUUGGGGCUCUAUCCCUCAAAACUUUCAGCCCUGUAGAUGGAAAGUAUCACUGAAUUACAAGAAAAAUUGCACCAAAAUUAUGCGCUUUUUUUAUGUCCAAAAUUAAUUGACAGUAUAUUUGAGUUGGAUUGGAAAGCAAUAUUUCAAGUGCCUUUUAAACAUUGUAAUAGUUUAAGAAUUUUUUAAACGUCUAUUUCUUGGGUUAGUUUUAAGAUGAAGUAAGGAGAUACCUCAUAACUUUUUAGCUCACUUUUUAAAAAUGUCUCCUUCUAUGCUUUGUAAUAUGAAGGUACAUAAUCUGUUUUUGGUAAGCACACUUUGAAAUAUUUCUCUUCUCAUUUAAUAUUGAGCAGGGGGGCACAUGGCUGGCUCAGUUGGGAGAACAUGUGAGUCUUGAUCUCAGGGUUGUGAGUUCAAGCCCCAUGUCGGGCAUAGAGAUUACUCUAAAAAAUACAUAUGUAUAUUGAAUAGGGAUUGGUUCCUAUAGCACCUGAGCCAAAGGAUGAUACACCAGCCUGUCUCUGACCCACUAUGGCAACUCCACAUCCAAGUGCCACUACUAUCCUGGGUUGUCUAGCUCCCUUCUCAUGGCCUUUCUCUCUUUGAGCAUAAGUAGAUUCGUACCUGAGCUCCAGCUCCUUGCCUUCCAGACCUAAUAAAGGCCCUCUUAGCUGAUGUCACAACCUAAUAAAAGGGGUACUUGGGUGCAGCUUUCCAAAGAAUCAGCUGUUCAAUAUUCACUUUUUCUAAUGUGUUUCCAGAAUCUGGAAGGACAUGGAUAAACCAUUCUUAAUUAAUUUUGAGAAAAUGUUAUGAAAUGUAUGUUUUUUAAACUGAAAAACUUAUUUUUUUAAAUACAAAAUGUUUAACUUAACUUAUGUCUAACCCUGGCUAAUUUGACUUAGUCUAAGAUUUGGCUGUAAAUUAGUAAUUGCUAUUGUCAGGAAUUUUAUUUUUAAAUUUUAAGAAGAAAAGUGAUUUUGGUCACAUUUUACUUUUCUGCAAAUUAUAUCCUCAUUUUUUGUGUAGUAUCUACACAUGUUGUAAACCAAAUAAUAUCAAAUGUGUCUUAAGUCCUUGUAUAUAUUUUUAUGUAGCUGUAACUAUUGUGUCAUUUUCAUCUUCAUUAUUAAUGUAGAAAACAUACAUGAGCAUUUGUACAGUGACUAUAUAAGAAGCUUUGGACAUGUUUUUAUUAGUUUUCAAGACAAUAUCAGUGUACAUAAAAUGGUUAAUAAAACAUUGGAGUUUUUGAGAUACUGAAAAAAA